AUGAUCUCCAGGUAAUUCUACACUAAUUUAAGUAUUGAAUUGACUUGGUUAAUUCUGUUACAUUUCAGCAGCAUUAGAGGAAGUAGUUCUGUUACCAUAGCAGCCACUACAGUAUUUAAAGUUCCUGUGGGAGAGGAGGAGUGUACAGUCUUUGAAAACAAAUAAGAGAGCCUUUAAAACAUGUAAAGGCUGGUGUUUAGAUAAAACUUGAGUUAUGACGCAACGUAGCAGUGAAACGUCAUCCGCGUGAGUAGACGCAUGUGACGUAGUAUCAGUGCGGGAAUCCAGGGAACUUGUUUCACAGCGAAAUGGAUGUGCGCGUCGCUUCACUGCAGAGAAAUAUUGACUUCUUACAAAAGCAGCACAAAGAAACUUUGGAGAAAUUACACGGGGAAAUAGAUAUUUUAAAGCGGGAAAAUAAAGAGUUGCAGUAUAAGCUGAUAAUGGAGCUUCCGAAGUCCAGCAGUAAAGCAUCCAGACGUAGAAUCAGUAAGCACCAUACAGGAAGAAACAAGUUCCAGACAGAGAGAAGGAACUAUCUGGAACAUACUUUGGAGGAAACCUGCUCACCACAAGCCACAGAGAUCAGCAGUUGUGUACAAUGUAGAGAAACCAGGUCAAAUUCCCUCACGGCUGACAGAAUAGAAGGUCCUUCAGAACCCAAAGCAGGGUUCAUCACUUCUCUACAGCCUCUGAUGAUCCAGUGUAGUAUAUCUCAGGUCCCUCGAGCUCCAACCAUACAGGAAUGCGAGGUCAUCAUACGCCAGCUGUACAAUGCCAACAGCCUGCAGUCCCAGGAGAUCCUGCGUGUGAAAGCGGUUCUCAAAGACAUUGUAUUCAACAAGAAAAUAACUGCAGAGAAUUACAUUUUGACCAAGGCUUUUCUUGCCGAUGGUAAAAGAGCUGACAAUUCAGACACAUUUCCUCAGCUUUCUCUCCAAACACUGCCUAAAGGACUACCUGUGUCUCAGGCUAGUAAAGCAGAGAAGGUGAUCCUCCCUGCCCUCAAACAGACCCUCAAUAACAUAGCAGACAGACACAGGAGGACUCAAGCUGUGCAGAGACGUCGUCUACAGAGCACUAUGCGCUGACGGACCAGUCAUGUG